AUGCAAGGAAAACUGCGACUCAAGAAGCAGUUAAAUCGCCGCGCUCCGCGGCUCGCCGCCCCCUCUGUCUUGCAGGCUUUGGGAACCAUCACUGCAGUGCCUGUCACGGGUCCUCAGGUCAGCUCCUUGCAGAGGUUGGCCGGGCAAGGAGCGGCAGUGCUACCUCAGGUUAGGCCAAAGACUCUGAUUCCAGACAGCCUCCCUGUCACCCCGGGCCGAGACCGGCCACCCAAACAGCCCCCAACAUUCCAGAAGGCCACCGUGGUCAGCAUCAAGAACCCCAGCCCUGCCCUCCCCACCGCCAACAACACCGUCAGCCAUGUGCCAGUGCCCGGCAGCCAGCCCCAAGCCCUCGCCGAGCCCGCUGCCCUCGCCUCGCCCCUGAGCAGUGCCGGGGUGGCCUACGCCAUCAUCUCCACCUCCCCCAGCAAUGCCACCGCCAUGGCCCCCAGCACCGCCGUGUCCGUGGUCAGCGACAGCAUCAAAGUCCAGCCCCUCCUCAUCAGUGCCGACAACAAGGUCAUCAUCAUUCAGCCUCAAGUGCAGACACAGCCCGAGAGUACGGCGGAGUCACGGCCACCCACGGAGGAGCCAUCUCAGGGAGCUCAGGCCACCAAAAAGAAGAAGGAAGAUCGGCCCCCGACCCAGGAGAACCCCGAGAAAAUCGCCUUCAUGGUAGCGCUAGGCCUGGUUACAACAGAACACUUGGAAGAAAUACAGAGCAAGCGACAGGAGCGGAAGAGAAGAAGCACAGCCAACCCUGCCUACAGCGGCCUCCUGGAGACCGAGAGGAAACGGCUGGCCUCCAACUAUCUCAACAGCCCCCUGUUCCUCACAGCGAGAGCCAAUGAGGACCCCUGCUGGAAGAACGAGAUCACCCACGAGGAGCACUGUGCUGCCUGCAAGCGCGGGGCCAACCUGCAGCCCUGCGGCACCUGCCCGGGGGCCUACCACCUCAGCUGCCUGGACCCCCCCCUCAAGACGGCGCCCAAGGGCAUGUGGGUGUGCCCCAAGUGCCAGCAGAAGGCCUUAAAGAAAGAUGAGGGCGUGCCCUGGACCGGGAUGCUGGCCAUCGUGCACUCCUAUGUCACCCACAAGACAGUCAAAGAGGAGGAGAAGCAGAAGCUGCUGCAACGAGGCAACGAGCUGCAGAAUGAGCACCAGCAGCUGGAGGAGCAGGACCGGCGGCUGGCCUCGGCCGUGAAGAAAUGCCUGGAGCUUAAGACCAGCCUGCUGGCCCGCCAGAGGGGCACCCAGUCGUCCCUGGACCGCCUCCGGGCCCUCCUGAGACUGAUACAGGGCGAGCAGAUGCUCCAGGUCACCAUGACGAGCACCAGCCCCGCCCCGCUGCUGGCCGGGCCCUGGACCAAGCCCUCAGCCGUGCACCCCGCCCUCCAGCACCCCCAGGGCCACAACUGA